GUUGCCAUUAAAACUAUCAAAAAGUCAAAAAUCGAUAAUGAACAAGACUUGAUAAGGAUUCGUCGAGAAAUCCAAGUUAUGUCGUCCAUUCAACAUCCACACAUCAUUCACAUCUACGAAGUAUUCGAAAACACGGAGAAAAUUGUUCUUGUUAUGCAGUACGCCAGUGGGGGAGAGUUGUACGAUCUUCUAAGCGAAAAGAAAGUAUUCUCAGACACAGCAGCUCGAAGACUGUUUCGGCAGAUCGCUGCAGCAGUGUACUAUUGUCACAAGAACCAAAUCUGCCACAGAGACUUAAAACUAGAAAACAUUCUUCUCGACGAGAAAGGCAAUGCAAAGAUUGGAGAUUUUGGAUUGUCCAAUAUUUUCAGUAAACAAUAUUUACUGAACACUUUCUGUGGCAGUCCACUCUAUGCAUCUCCUGAAAUUGUCAAAGGAACCCCGUACCAUGGGCCAGAGGUGGACUGUUGGAGUCUGGGUGUUCUGUUAUACACAUUAGUAUACGGAGCUAUGCCUUUUGAUGGUGGUAAUUUCAAACACCUUGUUCGACAGAUUUGUGAAGGUGAUUAUCAUGAACCCAAAAAGAGAUCUGAAGCAACUGGGUUAAUUCGACAUCUCCUAACAGUCAGUCCUGCUAAACGAGCAACCAUCGUAGACAUCUGCACAGAUUCAUGGGUAAACCUUGGGUAUGACCAUUCCCUCCUUCAGAUUGCAGAAGAUCUGUCCAACUUGAUGCCCGUGCGACUUGACAUUCUUCUUGCUCUGGUACCUUCUUCUUCUUCAAUUAAUUCACUCAAGAAAGAAGACUUUCCUGUGAUUCAUGUGCAGUCAGCAACGGAAAGAUUAUGCGAUUAUUCUCCUUCUAGUGACACUUCUGUUUCAGAAGAUGGUAACCCAGAAGAGUUGUUUGAAGGAGAAGAUGGUGAGACCACAACUGACAGUUUUGCCUUUGUUACUACAGAAGCAGCUGAGAAUAUCUCUAAAAAUGCCGAGGAAAAUCUGAAAUUAUCUCAAAUUUUAAAUAAUACUGAUGAAGCUUCUGUCAUUGAAACUGUAGGAUCGAAACGAAGGUCAGAAGAAUCAUAUAAUAACAGUUUACAUAACAUCUCGAUAGUUGUUUUUGACACCAAUGAACCUCAAAAGUUACUGAAAACUAUCAACAUGGAAAACAACCCAUCUUUCACUUGCACUUCGCAGGAAUUGGUGUCAACAAAAGUUACAACUGAAAAUAGAGUAUCAGAAACUGAAAAGUUAAAUCAAGGAAUACUUGACAAAGAAUUCAAGAUUGAAAAGGGGGAAUCAGUUCGUAAAGAAUCUUGCCAGAAUAUACCAAAUCUUUAUGAAACUUUUGAAGAGGAAAUCACAACUAAACAGAUAGAUGAAGCUUUAGUUUCCACCUCAUUGAAUAACGAUUGCAGAGUAAAUACGAACUCUAAUAAGGACAAUUUAUCAAAAAUACCUAUGAUGGCACUACAACAACAAGAUAUUUACAAAUGUAUAAUGGAAAGUAAAGUUAAGCUUGACCUUUCCAACAAGGAAAAUCGAUCUGAAAAACACGCAAAGUCUUUGGAACACACAAAUAUUCAAGGUAAAAAAUUACUUUCAGAAAAUACCUCAGAGUUAGAGAGAUCUAAUAACUUUUCUGAUCAGGAAAAUGACGUUUCCACAGUUACAGUAGACAAAACUCGGCUUAAUAACAACCUGGUAAGUGAAGAAGUCUCAAAUGUGGAUUUUUCAUCAUCUGAUGAUAGUUCUUCAACUAGUACUGGUAAACAACAACAUGAUUCAGAGGGUGGGACUUCAUCAAAAAAUAACUUUCCCACAAUAAUGAUUAAAGAAGAUUCACUUCAAUGCCCUAGAGUUUCAAGAAGAUUGUCUAAUUUAUCUACCACAUCCACACAAAGUACCAACAAUCAUGUCACAACUUCUACAAGCCCUACUAAAAGUUCCUCUUUGUCUAUAAAGCCUAGAAACAGUCCAACUUUCUGUAAAAUGGCACAUGAAUACAUUCUACGUAAGAAAUCACCCAAACAUAAAGGUUCACACAUCAAACCUACUUCAACUAAACCUUUUGCAAAACAGGACAGUUUUCCUUCAAAGGGCAAGUUAGAACUAGAUAAGUCAUCCCUUAAAGGUACUUUCAAGAAGGAAAAAUCAUCCAUUAAGUCAAAACUAAAAACUUCAAUGGAGCAUAGGAUAGUUUUGCAAAACAACAAAACAUCACUAAGUAGCAAGACAUUUGAGCACAUCGUACAGAAUGAAUGUAGACUAUCUGAUCACAGUAGCACUGCAAUACAAGAAAAAGUACAAGAUCAGAUAAUUGCUCAAUGUGACGUAUCACUUGAAAAAAAUACGAAAAAUGAGAGUACGUAUUGUGACCAGGACACAAAGCAUGCAAACAGACACUGUAACAAUAAUGUAGCCCAUACAAAUACACCAUAUAAGCAAAAAUUGUCAAAUGAAAACAAUUCAUCUGACAUAGAUAGUCAUACAAAACAAUUGUUUAUAAAAUUCAACAACAACAUCGAUUAUUCUCUUCAAAAACCAAUUAAACAAGAAGAAACUAAAAAUAAAAAUUUAAGUAAAAUACCAGCUGUUCAGAAUGUUGAAGGCUUCACUCAAAGACCUUCAAUCAAGAAUCAAACAGUUGUAAUAAAAAAACAAACUGUGCUUCCCAGUGUUCGAGGACCAAGUAAAAUUGUAAUUCCUACUCACUUUGAAUCGUCAAAAUCAAGUUAUUCACCAAAAGGAACAGAAGUGAAAACACCAUCACCUCUUAGGAAUAUUUCUGAUGUAAAGAAGGUCUUUGAGAAAAAAGUGACUUCCCCAGUUAAAAGAAUGAAUUCAACACAUAAUUUAAAAAAAACAAAUAAUUCAAAAACUGCUCCUUCUAAUAGUAUCACUAAGAAACCCACUCCUUCACCAAUUACAGCAAGUAUUGCUGGUGUGAUAAAGGACUCUUCUUCAUAUAGGUCUCCAUCGCGAGUUAAAUCCUCCAUAUCUUCAAAUUUAUCACAAUCUUCACCUGUCAAAACCAAAAAAGGUCCUUCACCAUCUUCUGAAAGAACUGUUAGAGGACCUAGGUCCAAUGAAUCCUCACAUUCUUGUAAAGAUCUAAAAACUACGUCUCCUUCUCCUAAAACUGCUUCUCGCAGAGAUACUAGAUCUAAGAUUUUUUGUCAAGUGCUGUUCAAUACAAUGAAUGAUGAAAGUAAAAAAAAAUAUCAGCUUUCAACAGCGAAUAAGGGCUCAUCCAAUGAGGUCCAGGUUAUCAAUGAAGAUAAACAGACUAUAAAGAACCCUAAAAAAUAUACUGAUAAUGACUUUCAAAACCAGUCAAAGGAAGAAUUGAAAAAUACAGAAAAUACUGUUCAAAACUUAAUUCACUCGAACGAAGUGCUGGAAAAUAAAAAAGAUAAACUUUGUGAUGAAUUUAAAGUAAACGAAGAGUUGGAUAAUGGAGAAAUGAUUUUUAAAAAAUCGAGUAACUCAUAUGGACAAUUGAAAAAUAUACAAAGUUUUCCCGGGGGUUCGAAUAAGUCGAACGAAAACUUGGAACGUAAAGUACAGAUUUUUGAUGGUUUAUAUGAAGUAGGCGAUUUCAUAGUAAAAUAUUGUGAUAAAUCCUCUAACAAAAGCACAAAUAAAGCAAGAGAAAAAAAUAUUGCCGAACUGGAGUUUCAGAAAAAUAUAUUAGAAGAUAAAAUUACCCACAUAAAUAAAGAAGGUAUAAUUGAAAAAAUGGCACAGAAUGAAGUCGAUUCAGAUGAUUCAACCGUUAGUCAAAAGAGUAUGGACAAUCACGUUAUUCAAAUAAUUAAUCCUAACUAUUUAAUAAUACCAGACAUUGUAGAAAAAACAGAAAACAACCCUGAAGCAGAGAUAUCUAAACUAAUACAGGAUGAAGAUACAUCUAAUAGAGAUGAGUAUAAUACAUUUGUAAAAACAAAAACAUGUCCAAAGAACACUCAAAUACGUGAAAACAAUAUUCUUCAUCACGGGGAAGAUAUUAGAUCAUCUAUGUCUUCUGAAGGUUAUCCCGUUGAAAACGUACAAACCGAUGAGCAACAAGCAUCAUUUAAAAGUCUGGAAACCGCGGUUAAAGAACAGCUGAUCUGUGCUUUAUGUGAAGGUCUUUCACUGCGUGGUCUUAAUCAGAGAAAACAGAACGUUGUAGAAGAAACACUGAAAAACAAACUUUUGGAAAAAGAUGUGACAGGCAUGAAAGUAAUAUCUGAGUGCAAAAAUGAAGAUGACGUAAUUGGAAUCAGCAAACAACAGGUAUCACCUGAAUACAUAAUUUCUUCACGUACCUACAGUACUCCUGAAGUUUACCAAGAAGAGCCAGAAAUGACUUCUAAAAGUAAAACACGAGUUGUAUUAAAACCAGUGUCUCAUUCAACUCCUGUAACACCUCGGUUGUUGCAUAAGACAUACCAUACAAAUUCAAAUUGUGUUACAAGUAAACAUUCAUUAACAGAAAAUGUUCACACGCCAUUUAUUGAAACUUCUAAAUACUUAAACAACACAAAACUGGUGAUUCCUAGGAAUUAUAUUAGUCUGUCUUCUAGCAGUGCGUCAAGUAUAAACGUAAGGAAAGAAACCACUCACGCGGACUAUGAAAAUUUAUCUCCAAAGGGUGCUUCUGAAGAUCUAUUAAAACCCGUUGUCCUAUUUACUGAUAAUGGAAAUGUCAAUAAAGAAUAUGAAAGACCAUCAUCUAUAACUCGAAGCUUUCGAAAGUUUACCUUCAACAACGAUGACUCUUGUGUUACAGAAGCAGGUAAGAUAUUUGAAUUACCAGCUGCAGGAAGAACCUGGAAUAAAAUGGAAGAAGACACUAAGAGUAAAAAACAAAUAAGCAAUAGUAAUGAUAAUUUGGAAAAUAUUGGACAUGUCAAACUCAAAGAUGUUUCAAUUGAUAUGCGAAAUUUGGACAGUCAAAAUUCCUUUAGUUCUAAUGAUGUUUUUGGAGAAGAACUUGGUAACUGUAAAAGUGCUUUAGCAAAGACUUCUGGAAAAAGUGAAUUAAUUUGGAAGAAAAAAAAAGAUCAGUAUAAACAUACGAGUAAAGACCAUAAUCUCGAAGCAAAGGAAUGGCUUUAUGUGAAACAUUUGGAUGGUCAGUCUAAAGACAAAGAAUCGUCAGACAAUGAAAACUACAUGGAUAUUCACUUUGAAGAUACUAGUGCUGUAAUGUUUGGAUCACAAGGUUUAUGGCAGUUCCUACAAGCAACAAACAAAGAUUCAGCCAAUCAUUUGGAGUCUUUCAAACAUCAUUCCGAAAUUUGUCUCCCUCCACUCAAUCAGCAACACUAUACUAAUGUAUCAGCAAAAUGUCAGCAAAAGAAUACUGAGGUCACUUGUGUAGCACGUUCUGUUAGCCAAGAAGAAACUCUCUUUAAGGAUAGAUGUAAUCAAGCACCCAUUGACAUAAAUAGCAUUACUAAACCAGGACCUUUUAAUCAUGGUCCUGGUUUGUGGACAUUACAUCGAGAAGAUCAAUCAGCAAAAGAAAACUCCCAUAAAGAUAAUUCAGCAAAUCGAAAUAAUAACAGUAUUGUUAAGAAUGUGACUGAGAAUAAUUUUCAGGACUGCUGGAGACCUUCAAGGGAAACAGUUAAUAUUCCAGAUGAAGUUAAAGAAGGAGCAAGUAGAAAUCAAGAUGAUGUUAUUAUUAAAAAUGCAUCAGUGUAUGGAUCUGUUAUACAUAAAAUCAACCAGCUGGAUUCAAGAUCUUCAAGUAGUGAGUAUGCACACACACCAGUUGACAGUAACACCACCCAGUCAUUACAGACAAAUAACUUUCAACCAUUUUAUUCUCUAAAAAUGCCAGAAUAUCGACGACGUAUAGUCGAAGAAUGGCUUUCUAGAACAGCUUUGGAUCAAGAAGAUAAUAAUAUUAGUAGAGGAGAGGACAAAAACAUUAAGUGUUACAGUGAGGACACUAAUAAUACUCUGGUAUGUGAUGUUCAACAGAAAGCAGAAAAGAGCAGCAACUCUCAAAACAAAAAUGAGGUACCAACAACAUUUCAAAUUUCAACACCAAAUGUUUCAAAAGAAAGUGAACCCCAGGAAUACCGUGUGAGUAAGAACAGAUUUAAUAAAGGCCAGCCUGUUUAUGAUUAUUCAAAUUACACGCCAGAUUUCAAUUCUGAACCACUCAUUUGGGAAAGUUCCAAUAUUGCUUCAGGAUCUUACCAGAAAAACUCCUUAGAUCCUAACAAACACUUAGUUCCUGAAAACCAACAGCAUAUUCAUCAUACAAGUCCACUUAGUAUAAAUGUAAAUAAAGAUACUGUAUCAGACGAGGAAGAACAUCAUACGAAAAAACAUUUGCUGGUCAGGAAUCAAGGAAGGCCAGUCUUUCUCAUGAACUUUCCUUUAAGGAAGCAAAAUUUAAAUGCUCAAAUACUUACACCAAAAUGUAAUAGGAAUCAAGAACCACUCGGUAAAAUUUGGCAGCUACAAAGUGGAUAUCAUCAUGCCAUCUCACAAAGAGUGCUCAGUGGAUCUCACACAUUCACUCAGAAAUAAUGUGACAAUAUUACUUGAAAGAAAACCACACAAAAAGUGCCAGGUACUAUUAGUUUCAAGAAAAAUAUGAAACAAAACAUUAUGCUCUUUCAAUCAAAAUAAACUUACACAAAUUUAUAGAUCCUCUGAAUUACAAGAAAAUCACAAAAGAAAACUUAGACACUACAGUAUUUAGCAUACGUUGAAAUAUGCACUAUAAAAGAUACUCCAUCUUUAGAAAACGUUGGUUUGACAGAAAGUAAACAAUGAGAUCAGAUGUUUCCAGCUCUAGUGUUAGUGUCUCAGUGGGUUUAUUCCUGCUCAGUGAAGAGAGAGCAAGAUGAUUUCAUCAAUUUCCUCGUGAUGAAAUAAGUAAGAAGAAUAAGUCUGUGUCUUCCAUAACUGUAUAAAAAAAGACAAUGUUUGUGAUACUUUUGCAGGUGAAUAUCAUGAAGUACAACAAGCUGAGAAAGAGAGCAAAAACUAUGAGAAACGAAAAGUCUUUUAGUGAAAGAAUACUUCCAAAGAGCUUUUAUCCUAGGUUCAAUGACAAUUAUCAAGGCAAAAAAUGUCUUUCUAGCUUUCGAGAUAUUAACCUUUCUCAAGAAGACUGGCCAGUCAGGAAGCAUGUGUAGUCUAGUCUACGCCGAUGAUACGCUUCAUUUAGACUGUAUUUGGAAACAAUAGACUAAAAGAGGAUCUUUAAGAAAAAAUGUUAAGAUAGGUCAAGAAAACAACAGAGAAUAAACAAGGCCAUCAGUUCAUUUAGAAGACUACAAAGAGGAUUCAAUCUCCACAAACUUGUGAAAACGAACUCAUAAAAAAGUUAUUCUCGCCAAUGAGCAAGAACUGUAUAAAUGCAUGCGAAUACCGGUGCAUUUUCUUCUGAAAAUCAGGAUAAAGCACCAUCUUUAGCAGCGAGAAGAAAGGAAAAUAUGAAAAAAAAUAUGUGAUAUUCACUGUAUAAGCUUAGAAUAUCACAUAUCUUGGAAACAGGAAGUAUGAGUUUUCCUUAGCGACAAAUGGAUUGUUACGGACUAGGCCAUCUUUUUCUCGUGAUACUAACCUACACAGUAACCUGAGUUGUAGUUAUCAAAAUAACUUUUCUUGUUUUUCAUUUUGUUUUUAUAGACACAUUAAGCUAUCUAUUGUGUCUACCGCGAGGAAUCAAACCCUGGAUUUCAGCGUUGUAAGUCCGUAAAUUUACAGCUGUCCCAUCGGGGGACCAUUUUAAUUGCUCCAGGUAUUUUGAUUACGAUGAAAUAUAAAUAAGUAGAACCUAAUUAGCGAUUUCUAGACUUUCAUUGCUAAAAGAAGUGAAAGAUUUUGAAGAUAUCUUUUGUGAUCAAGCAACGUUAGUUAGUCAUGAACCUGGAAGCAAUACGUCUAGCACACAGUCAGCUCUGUACAAAUCAAGAAAUAAAAAAAAACCUGUUUGUAAUCAUUAUUGUGUCUUGAAAAUGGCAUUUCAUAAACGUGAAACUCAAGAUACGACCAUUUUUCUCCUGUGUAUGAAUGUAAAGAGCACCGAGGUACUUAACAACAUUUGUAACUUAGUGUCGUUAAUCACAAAAUAACUCAACGAGGGAAUAGCAUUGAAAAGAAUGACUGCUAAGCUGUUUAAAAACCUUUUUAGAUAAACAAAUCGUAAGUUCAAAACUAUUAUUUUAAUUUAGAUAAAUGUUAGUCUAUAAUGCCUGUCAAACAAUAACCAACAAAUGAAAACCAAAUAGAGCAAUGAUAAAGAAAACCGUUAUUUUGUGUAUACCAAAUUUUACUCCGAAUGCUGUCAACUCUUUUUUAUCAAAUUUUUUUAUUAUUAUUUCCUUUAGAUAUUUAUUAACCUUCUAGACAAAUAAACUUAUGCAUUAUAAAGUUUUCGAAACCUUUAGUUGUGUUCCA